AUAAAAAACAGGGGAGCGCCCCCGCGUCUCUUUCACAUACCCAUCUCCUCUCCUUCCUCAUCCCACAGUCGAUCGCCUCCGCCCUUCCCAGGACUCUCUCCCCAAUUCGCGUCGCCAUGGAGCAGACUUUCAUCAUGAUCAAGCCGGACGGCGUCCAGAGAGGCCUGAUCGGAGAUAUCAUCAGCCGAUUUGAGAAGAAAGGGUUCUACUUGAAGGCAAUGAAGUUUAUGAAUGUGGAGAGAUCAUUUGCGCAGCAGCACUACGCUGACCUGUCCAGCAUGCCCUUCUUUCCUAAGUUGGUGGAGUACAUCAUUUCCGGCCCUGUUGUUGCCAUGGUUUGGGAGGGGAAGGAUGUUGUCUUGACUGGCCGCAGGAUCAUUGGGGCAACCAGGCCUUGGGAGGCAGCUCCUGGCACCAUCCGUGGGGACUAUGCCGUAGAAGUUGGCAGGAAUGUCAUUCAUGGAAGUGAUUCUGUGGAGAACGGACAGAAGGAGAUCGCUCUCUGGUUCCCUGGAGGCUUAGCGGAAUGGAGGAGCAACCUUCACCCUUGGAUCUACGAGAACUGAGCUUCAACGGGCAUGAUCACCUGCCUCUUGAUGACGUCUGGUUGUUUCUUCAGAAUUUGAGAUUGUCCCAGAGCUGUUAGCUAGCUCUGGCUAUCGAGUCAAUAAUCAUAAUCGUGAUGUGUGAUGCUGAUACAUCCCAGUUGAAUGUGCUGCCUGAACCUGUAAGGCAUUUUAGUUGCUGCCUGGUUUGAUGUAUUGUUAUUGUAGAGCGACUUGUCCGUAAUCUAAAAUAAGCACUUUUCAAAA